GCAGCCACGCAUUACAAUAGAAGAAGAAAAAUAAGCAUCCUAGCAUUAGCUGCAGCCUCGGUUGCUUGUAGGUGAUUUAGGUCUAAAGGAACGAAUAGAGGAUAUUUUGCUGCCAGGGCCAUGUCUGACACAGAAACGAAACCAUCAACAACCGAUGGAGGGGACAAGAAAGACGGGGGAGAGUACAUUAAACUGAAAGUAAUUGGUCAGGACAACAGCGAGAUUCACUUCAAAGUGAAGAUGACGACAUCGCUGAAGAAGUUGAAAGAGUCCUACAGUAAAAGACAGGGUGUACAGCCGGACAUGCUGAGGUUUCUCUUUGAGGGCCAGAGAAUCUUAGACCACCAAACUCCCAAAGAGCUGGGAAUGGAAGACGAAGAUGUAAUUGAAGUCUACCAGGAACAGACCGGGGGCUUACGGAUUAAUUAAUCCGUCUCUGGUCGCUUUGACACACAUUUCCUGUUUUAUUUGUUGUUAUUUUUAUAUAUAUAUAUUUUGAUAAGUGAUAGUCACACUACUCUUUUUAGUUUGGUUUGUCUGGAUGACAGCGGAAAGGUGGGCUUUAGGUAACUUGGACAGUAGGGUCUUGUUUCAUUACAUGCCCCUUACACCCUUCCAACCCUGACGUGUGGAUUUAUGAUCUAGCCUAGCUUAAAAGUGGACCGUGGGUCCUGCGAUUAAGCUUUCACUGUUUCAUUUUUGACCUCUGACCUCUUGGAAUGGUUUGUGUACUGUUUGUUCUUCACCCCUGAAAUCCAUCAAAACCGUGCUACUUUAAGGUACACUUUCCUAGGGUGCAAGUGUGAGUGAUUAAACAAGACCAGGCAUCUUGAGGCAGGUUGGAGAGGAGAUUUUGGAGGAUAUGAACUUCAGACUACCUCCUUUUGGGGUUUCUUUUCCCCACAAUUUUACUAGUCAGUCUCUGAACUUGUCUCGGUCCACUGACCGCGAGUAGAAUUUUGUAUUUCAGCUUGAGUAUACUCAAAAGUAUACUGUACUCCCUCACUGAAUUCUAAUCAAGUCGAGUAUACUUCCUCACAGUCUAUGGAAAGCUGGCUAUAGAGAAGCCUCCAUCAAGACUCCCUGUUCCUGUUGAGUCCAAAUUGCCCUACCCUAAUCAUGCUGAUUCUGUGAAUUAGUAUUGUCAUUGUAUUUUUUUCCCCUUCCUGGUCUGGGUUUUGUUUACACUCUUUUUUUUUUUUUUGUUUGUUUUUGUAAUUGUCUCCGUAGCUGAUUAGGAUAAAUGGAUGUUAACAGUAGCACACUCAUCAGGGACUGUUGGCUAGACACUCACCUGUACCAGAAUAAUACCAGUUUAGCACCCACGUCACUUGAACCACACCCUGUCUAUAAGUCUGUACAUAGAAAUAUGUAAUUAGUUUCCAUUGUGGUCCUUUACGAUAUAUUUGUGUUAAACUAAUUGAAUUCAUAAAGACACGGAUUAUUUCAAAUUUCAUAAAGAACAUAGUCUCUUGUUUUCCAUUGAUACUUGUAAAUAUACAUUCCCACAUUCCCAGUGGAAUGUUGUGCGGCACCUCGGAAAUUCUGAACUUUUGACAGGCUUCGGUUCUCUUUAGCAUAGUGAAGGCUUAUCAUCACCGCUGUCACUACAAUCAAUUUGCCUCAGUAAUAUGUAUUAUAGUAUACAAGAAAGUAUUUUCUAAAAGCAAAAGUCAAACAAUUGUUACCCAUCUUGUAUAUUUUGUAUAUUCUUUCACUGUUUUAUUAUUUUUUACUGGAUCAUUACUACGUUUUGUUUAAGUUUGAUUUUGUCUUAGGAAAGUAUGAGAAUAAGUUGUUAAGCUCUGUUUUAAGAUUCUAGGUUUUUCAUCUCAGGAAUCAAGAUUGAGUUAUUCUAAAAAAAAGCAAAAAAGCAAGCUUUCUGGCUGUGAUGAACCAUGGUUCACUCUGGCAGCCCAUAAUACGUUCACUUUCUGGGUUACCAUGGUGAGUCCAGCACACAGCUAUAGCGGAAGUGAAAAUAGUUGGAAUGACUGUGGUGUACAUUAGGUUAGAAUACACUUUUUAAAAGAAAAUAAAAAUGCUGAACAGA